UGCACUGAGAGAAAGUGGGGAUGGCUUCCUACCGGAGCACAAACCCACUCCCCGUUUUCCGUGAAACUGUGAAAAGGAAAAGCCCUGUUGUCCGUUUUUAAACACUGUCAGAAAGCCCAUGCACUGCGAGCUUCCCCCUCUGCGCACAGGGCUCUCCCAGGAUGCUGUCGAACAGCCCGCACAUCGGGCACAAAGUGGCAGGCUGUGUGCUUUUCCUCUCCUUCUUUCACAUCAACUUUGCUGCUGGCAGCUCAGGAAAAAGCUCACAGAGCCAAGAUGAUAUGCAUGUCAUCCACAACAACCAGCUGGACCUGCGGGAGAUAGUGUUCGUCAUCCAGAGUCAAAGCAACUCCUUCCACGUGAGGCAGGCGGAAAGACGGAGAGAAGAUUUGCUCUAUCAGGCGCACAGUCUCACAGAGAAACUGCCGGUGGUUUCGCUUCUUCACCGUUUAUCGGAUAAUGAGGGCGAUUGGAGUAUCCUUCCUCUGCUGCCUUACUUAUCCCAGUCCUUUGGGAAAAACUCAUCCUGGAUUGUAUUUCUUGAGGAGGAAACCAAUGUGAAGAUGACUACCCUCGCCCAAGUCCUUGCAAAAUUUGACAAGAAUAAAGAGUGGUUUCUUGGUAAACCCCUCCGUGAUGAGGAGUCGACCAUUAUCCAUCACUACGCCUUCGCAGAGAAUCCCUCCGUCUUCAAAUAUCCAGACUUUGCUGCUGCUUGGGCCUUAAGCAUCCCCCUAGUUGUUCGGCUUGCAAACAAAGUGAGAGAUGAGCCACUUAAAUCUGACUUCACCAUUGACCUGAAACAUGAGGUUGCCUUGUAUAUCUGGGACAAUGGGAAAGGUCCCCAUCUCACUGCUGUUCCUGAGCUGUGCACUGAGCCGGAGAGCUCUCCUCAGGCCCGCCACUGUGCAACCACUCUGAGGAAAGAGCCUCCACUGUGUGGGGAGCCUGUACAUAAAGAAGAUAUAUUUGUUGCUGUGAAAACGUGUAGGAAGUUUCACAGUGAAAGAGUUCCAGUGAUAAAGAAGACUUGGGAAAAGGAUGCCUUAUAUUUAGAGUAUUACAGUGACCAUGCUGAUCCUGCGAUACCGACUAUUAAUUUAGGAGUGCCGAACACUGAAAGAGGCCACUGCGGGAAAACGUUUGCAAUCCUUCAAAGAUUUCUGAGCAACGCUGUCCCAAACACCAAGUGGCUGCUUGUUGUGGACGAUGACACGCUGAUCAGCCUCCCCAGACUGCAGGUCUUGCUGAGCUGCUACGAUCCCUCUGAACCGGUGUGUCUCGGGGAGAGGUACGGCUAUGGCCUGAGUCAAGGCGGCUACAGCUACAUCACUGGAGGUGGAGGUAUGGUGUUCAGCAGGGAGGCUGUGGUCCGACUUCUUAACAGUGGGUGCAAGUGCUACAGCAAUGAUGCGCCAGAUGACAUGGUGCUGGGAAUGUGCCUCAAUGCUCUCGGACUUCCCGUCACACACAGCCCUCUCUUCCACCAGGCCCGACCAGAGGACUAUGCCAGGGACUUCUUAGCUCACCAGGUGCCCAUCUCUUUCCAUAAACACUGGAACAUAGACCCCGUUGCUGUUUUCAACAAAUGGCUUAAGGAUGACUUGAGGGCAAAGACUUCGGAUGAACUUAGUAAGAGCGCAAAGACGGAGUUAUAAUACUUUUUAGCACACAACUAGCCUGUAUGAAUAUAUAUAUCUAUGUACAGAGUGUGUGUGUGUGUGACUGUGUGUGUGUGUCAUGGAAAUAUUAUCAAUUCGGAGAUGUAAAUGUUUUUUGUACCAUUGAUGUUGAACUGUUAUUAAGAGGGACCAUGCGAGCGUGUGUCCAUGACUUCAAAUCUGAGUGUUUUCAUGACUGAGUUGCAUGUUGGGGUUAAUUUUGGAAUAUAUGAAUAUAAUGUGUAUAUAUUUAUAUCAUAUGAAUAAUCCAAUACCUUACAGAGGAGCAUAUCUUUUUCUCUGGGAGAUACUGUGUCUUUUAAAAAUUAUCACUAAUGCUGUACAAUGUGCUCUAUUUUGUCAUAAAAGUAUGAAUAUUUGAAAA